AUGAGACUCAUCCCUGACAUGGAAAGAUUUGGUUAUCUUGACAGAAACGAUUCUGACUGCCUUGAUACCCUUGACGCUAAGAGAAGAUACAAGAGAAUCUCUACCUUCAAGCGUAACUAACUCCUUGAAAAGAUCUUCUUUGAAAACAAAAAAAUUAAAAUCGCUGCCUAAGAAUUGAAUAUUAAUUACUCAUCUGCCAAGACUAUUUUACACUUAUACAGAAAGAAGGCCAAGAAAAUCGGUAACUAAAAUGCUGCCCGUCUUAGUGAAAACACCAGAUGUGGAGUCAGACCCUUACCAGUAGUAAAUGGAUCUAAUUCUAACUAAAUGGAAAUUGUCAUUUCAUAAGGUGGUCGCACUACAUGCAACAUCUCUUUGGCUUCCAGCUUCUAAGUAGUUGCAGUUACCAAGAAAACUGAAAGUGAAAUGUAAUAAGAAGAAAGUGAAUUCGAUUAAUCCACUUACUAAUUACAAAGCAUUUGUCCUCAAUCUCAAAUUGAAGUUUAAUAAUUACAAGCUCUCUUCGAUUUGUCAAGCGAAAGCAAUUACAGCGCUAUGAGCUUAUGA